CUCUCUUUUUUUCAUUUCUCAAUAAAUGUCAUUUGUUGUAUCAGCUGUAAGCAGACUUGCCUUAAAGAACCACGUGAAGGGACAAUUCAGGGGUAUCUCUUCGGCUGUAAGCAAAUGAUCAUCGUAUCUAUAAUUAGCUAACACAGAAUAGGUGGAAGGUGUCAAGAAGUUGGGUAUUAUUGGCUCGGGACAAAUGGGUCUUGGUAUUGCCUAUGUUGCUGCCAAUGUUACUCGUCUUCCUGUUGUACUUAUGGACAUCAACCAAGCACAAACAGAGAAAGGCAUGCAGUUUUUUGACAAACUUCUCGCUAAGGAUGUCUCUAAAAACAAAAUAACUGCUGAACAUGCCAAAAUCACGCGUGAAUUGGUCUCCACCACCAACAGUCUCUCUAAUUUGAGUGAUGUUGAUUUUGUGAUUGAAGCUGCUUCUGAAAAUCUCAAUAUCAAAUCUGCCAUUUUCCGUGAUUUGGACCAAGUAUGUAAGGCAGAUAGUAUUUUGGCUACCAAUACUAGUUCUAUCAGCAUUACAAAGAUUGCAGCUGCUACUAAGCGUGCUGAACAAGUGAUUGGUAUGCACUUUAUGAACCCUGUGCCUGUCAUGAAACUUGUAGAAAUCAUUCCUGGUUUGGCUACUCAUAAUCAAGUGCUUCAGACCACGCGAGAUUUGGCUAGUGCUAUGGGCAAGACGACUACUGUAGUUCAAGACAUUCCUGGUUUUGUUGCUAAUCGUCUUUUGAUGCCUUAUAUCAAUGAAGCAGUCAUGCUCUUGGAAUGCGGAGCUGCUAGUGCCGAAGACAUUGAUACUACUAUGAAGCUUGGCACAAACAUGCCAAUGGGUCCCUUAACUUUGGCUGACUUCAUUGGAUUAGAUACUUGUCUUUCUAUCAUGAAAGUACUUUAUGAAAACACAGGUGACUCCAAGUAUCGCCCAAGUGUUUUGCUUCAAAAAUACGUGGAUGCUGGUUGGAUGGGCAAAAAGAGUGGAAGAGGCAUCUAUAGUUACUAAUAAAUUGACUGAUUUAAAUUCAGCUAGUGAUUAGCAUCUACCUAAUAAUAACAAUC